AUGGAGUGGCAUCAGCGUCACGUUUGUAGUAAUAGUAUGGUUUGGCUUCGGCAUCACGUUUGUAGUAAUAGUAUGGCUUGGCUUCGGCAUCACGUUUGUAGUAGUAGUAUGGCUCGGCAUCACGUUUGUAGUAAUAGUAUGGUUUGGCUUCGGCAUCACGUUUGUAGUAGUAGUAUGGGGUGGCAUCAGCGUCACGUUUGUAGUAAUAGUAUGGCUCGGCAUCACGUUUGUAGUAAUAGUAUGGUUUGGCUUCAGCAUCACGUUUGUAGUAGUAGUAUGGGGUGGCAUCAGCAUCACGUUUGUAGUAAUAGUAUGGUUUGGCUUCGGCAUCACGUUUGUAGUAGUAGUAUGGUUUGGCUUCGGCAUCACGUUUGUAGUAGUAGUAUGGGUUUGGAGUGGCAUCAGCGUCACGUUUGUAGUAAUAGUAUGGUUUGGCUUCGGCAUCACGUUUGUAGUAGUAGUAUGGGUUUGGAGAGGCAUCAGCGUCACGUUUUUGUUCAUUGGGCUCUAAAUGAUUUUUAG